GACUCGUGUCUGGGUGGUUAUGGUGGACAUCCCGACGAGCGGCCGGGGGAAUCGGGACCGGAUUAUCAAGAGCGGACGCGAACCUCAACAUCGACAUUUUUGUGGUUUUAAGUGACCACCAGAAACAACAGCGAGCCACCCAUCUCCUCCAGGCCGCCGUGAGAGGCUAAUGAUGUCAGCUGACGGCAUAGACUCCUCACCACCACCCAAACCAAUGACACGUGGAGACACGGGCCAAGACUAAACCAUCAGUCCAAGAGAAGUGUUUUUUCAAGUCUAAUUUAAACCCUGUUGGGGCCUGACUAUGGAUUUAUAUUUUGGUUCAUUUAUCUUCAAGGAGAAGAAUCUACAUUUACAAAAUGGCGGAUUUGGUUUAAUGCUGGAUUUUUUAUUUCAAUAAUUUUGGUGGAGCUAUUUUGGUUGACCACACCCACCAUUACCAGUUUUAACAGGACUACCCAAGCUUAACUUUUGCUAUUUACAAAUACAAGAAGUUAAUUUCAGUCUUUUCUGGCUUCAUCUGAUGUGUCUGAUUUUCAUGUAUACUUUAUUUUUCAACUCACAAUUUAACAAUAUAGUUUUUUAGCACAAUGAUAACCAUUACCACUAAAAUCACUUUUAACACGACUACUACAUAAUGCAUAGAUUUUUGUGGAGAAUGGAAGUGCAUUUUAGUUUAGGUUUGGUUGCUACAGUCUGCUAAGAGGAUAUUUUUCAAUAUCUUUUGGCAAAAUGAUGCUCCUAUCCUCUACCACCAAUUUUAAAAGGACUACUAAUCCCAAAGUUUUUUGAAAUUUUGGCUAAGCUUAGACAAAUUGCUUAGUGGUAUUUCUGGUAUAGUCCCAGUAGUGCUGAAAAUGCUGCUGUCUGCCAAGUGGAUUGUCUUCUACAUAAUUGUUAAUUUUGGUGGCAUUUUUUGGCACAAUGAUGCUCCUAGUCGCCAUCACUAGUUUUAAAAGGACUACUAAACCCUAACCUUUUGGAUUUUUGUCUGAGAAUAAACAAAUUGCAUAGUGGUAGUCCUGGUAUAGCCCUGGCAGAAUGGACUACCGUAAUGAAUGCUGCUUCUGUGACCCGGAGGAGGGCCACAUGGGGCCAGAUGAGCUUCCUCUUCACAGUAUCCACGCUCCAAACCGAAUUCGGCCUUCGUCCUACAGAGCCCUGAGGAGCGCUGUGUCCAGUCUGGCACGGAUCGAUGACUUCUUCUGCGAGAAAAUAGGAUCGGGAUUCUUCUCUGAGGUCUUCAAGGUGCAGCACAGGAUUACAGGGCAAGUGAUGGCUCUGAAGAUGAACACUCUGGCCUCUAACAAAGCCAACAUGCUGCGAGAAGUGCAGCUCAUGAAUCGACUCUGCCACCCAAACAUUCUCAGGUUUCUGGGCGUCUGUGUUCACGAAGGCCAGCUCCAUGCUCUCACAGAGUACAUAAACGGCGGGAACCUGGAGCAGUUGUUGGACAGUGAUCUGUACCUGUCGUGGAGCGUGAGGAUUGGCCUGUCUCUGGACAUCGCACGUGGACUUCAGUAUCUACACAGCAAAGGGAUAUUUCACAGAGAUCUCACCUCUAAGAACUGCCUGGUGCGUUGUGACAGUGGGCUGUUCACUGCUGUGGUUGGAGACUUCGGACUUGCAGAGAAGAUCCCAGACUACAGUGAUGGUGUGAAGAAGCAACCUCUUGCCAUUGUUGGCUCCCCCUACUGGAUGGCCCCAGAAGUUCUGAGAGGAGAGCUUUAUGAUGAGAAGGUGGACGUGUUUGCUUAUGGCAUCAUUUUGUGUGAGAUUAUUGCCAGAAUUGAAGCUGACCCUGACUUCUUACCAAGGACGGAGGACUUUGGACUUGAUGUUGUGGCUUUUGAAAACAUGGUUGGAGACUGUCCCUCUGCGUUCUUCAGCCUGGCUGUGACCUGCUGUAAUAUGAGUGCGGAGAGGCGACCCACUUUCUGCGACAUCGUUUUCUCUUUGGAGGGAAUGAAUCUGGAGGAGAAGGACAAAACCGUUGCACUCGAGCCAGCAGUUGACGACGUGAGCCCGUACCGCCGCCGCAGCUCGCCCUGUCACCAUGUCAACUGCAUCCAACAACAACAACAGGGUCUAGCCCGGAGUCAGUCGGACGUGCUGCCCCCGUCCUUCCUCGUCCCUCCUCUGGUCGGAACACCGGCUCGAGUCAACCCAUUCUCGCUAAGACAGGACUUAAACGGAGGCAAAUGCAAACUUUUAGACACACCAAGCAAAUCUGUGAUAAGUUUAACAUUUACUUUGCCGGCUUUGAGAGAUCCGUGUCUUUCUCCGCAUCUAUUCCGACCAUCUCCUGGUGUUAGAGCACCACCUAGGAGGUGUCGGUCGCUCCCAUGCACGCCAGAGCUGAGCCGGACAGUUGUUUUGCAAAGCGAGAAAGAUAAGGAACAAAAUGACGAACAAACUAAAGAAGAAAUUGAAGAAAAUGAUUCGAGUUUUGAAGCAGUAGCAAGCAAUGCAGUAACUGAAGAGGUGAGCAGAGAGAAUACAAGUUUACCUGUUGAAUUGGACAUGGUUUCUUUGGAGCGAUUGGACGAGGAAGAUGAGGAAGAGGAAGAGAGUAACAUUCAAAUUGAGCCUAUGGACUGCACAAAAUCUCCAGAAUCCGCAGAAUCAAAUCCAACUGCUACACCCCUCCUUACCUCCGCCUCUUCUUGUCUACGAACUAAUUGUUGGCGCAUCCCAAUUUCAAAUGGACCUCCAACUUUGCCUCCUUUGCCACGAUUGACCAAUAACAACCAAACCUUUGCGCAGUGGGUUGGAGUAGGAACGCAGUCAAAAGCCUACGCCCCGGCCGCACCCCUUUAUAAUCCGGAUUCACACACGGAGCAGAGUGAUGAUGUCAUUUCCUGUCCGGGUUGCUGCCUGGUUGGACUGAGUUUACCGUCAAUUUGCUUACGUGGUUCGACUGGCAUGACGACCGCAGCAGUGGAGAGGAGAAGAGUGUCCAUACCGAGGCAAAGAGCAAACUGGAAUUUAAAUGGGACGAUAUCGGGAGGGAGCGGGUCCGAAUCUACAACAAACAGUGCGACCAAAGCUUUACUGUGUAGGGGUACGAAUGGGGUUACCGCGGUAACAAGUGUACCUCUGGAACCAGGACUGCCACUACCGGAGGCUCAGACAUAGAGUUAAAGGGGAGGAGUGUUUAAACAAGCACAGUUUAAACAAGCACAGAAUGUAAGCAGACAGCAGCAGGGGAAAACCUCCUUAAGUGUUACAACACAGUCUGAAUCAAACGGUUGGGUUCACAUGCUUUUAGUGAUUUUUAGAUGCAUGGCUACAUCCCUUCUAACUAAUUGGCAGAUUUGUCUGAUUUGUACUUUGAUUUGUUGUCUAUUUAAACCAAAUGCAGGCAUGUCAAGAUAAUAAAAUUUGAAGUGCUACAUAGAGAGAUAGUGUGAUUAUAAUUACAAUAUUGACAUUUUUUGCCACUGACAUUCUAACCCAAAAGCAGGAUAAUCCCAGUAAACCUCAUUUUAAAUUUACAGUGUCAGUAAAAGGCAUGAGCUGUAACAAAUACACUGUAGAGUAGUGGUCAUAGAACUUAUUCAGCCAUCAACUGCUCAAAUCUAUUACAUAAGAAAUUGCAACAAAUGCAAUUUUACAGACUAUACAUUUUUCAGGUCAGAGUUUACAAGGCCCAUUUUCUAACAAAUUCUUAGUACCAGAGCUCACGGCCAUCUUGUGAGCACAGAUUUCUCUUCAAACAAUCAACACGGCUCAUUACACUCCCAACACGUUCCCAUCUGACACUGCAGAGGGAAUUGUCAAUCUUUCACUGUUUGCAGAGUACAAAUAUUGUUCUUGACUGAGUAUUGUCCAUUGCACAUAAAUAAAUGAACUCAAAUGUAAAAGAUUUUUCUAUUCAUGGGCUUCAUCUCCCUGUUCUUUGUAGAGAAGGUGUCAUUGGUAGUCAUCUAGACACUGUUUUUGCAAUCAAGAUCUUUCAUCUCCCAUCCAGAAGCCAUUUUAAAUUUCAGGCACUAGGAUUCAUAAUAUACUCCACCAUUUCUGUUCAAAGAAGCUCUUUUUUCAGAUGUGAAGGAAGCUCUUUGAACAGAAAUGGAGGUUUGAUCUGCCAGCUGUUUAUAGAAGCGACCUCAACCUUUGGAAUAAGGAGACAGCAAGUCAAUCAAAUCAGGUGCUCAACAAUGCUGUAAGUGAGACAUCCAAUACACAACGGGAGCAUAACGACCCAUAAUGAUAUUAGCUAGUAAACAAGAACAGGGCAGUUUCACUCUAAAACUCCUCUAUUCGGGGCUGGACUUAUUUAACUCAGAGUAGUAUAAAUCCUAGUAUCUCGAGCCAAUACCAUCAAAUUGAAAAUGGUUUCUGGAUGGGAGCCUAAAUGUUCAGAUGACCAGAUGUUGAACCACCGUUGAAACCUUCUUCACACUGAACCACAUCUGGACAAAUGUGGGAUUACACUAUCUCGUUCCUGUUUUAUGGUGACAUUUUGAGGAUGGUUGACCAUUAAAAAGAUAUAAUAUGUUUGAAUUGUUAAUUGAUUUGGCAACAGUCCUAACUUUUCAUGCAUGGAUAUAUUCAAGGAGAGUAGUCAAAAUCCAGCAAGGUAUUCAAAGUUCCUUUUGCGGAAAAUUGUCCCUUUAACCAUACCUGUAUUCAGACUGUGUAGUGACAACAGCACCACCUGCUAGGCUGCAAGUGAGCGGAGAGCGAACAACUACUGUAUAUGGUCAGAAAUAAUGUGUCAAAUGUAACUCAAAAGUGUAAGCAAAAGUUGUGGCUCUGAAAGUAAAAUUCCAAUUGCAUUUUUCCCAUAGACUUGCCAAGAUGAAUAUAUUAAGGGUUGAAUUGUUUAUAUGUUUUAAUUUAAUAUAAUAUAUAAAAACACAGUUGUUUACAAAGUUAGUAUGAUUGCAAUUAGUAUUAGUCCAAAUGUCUAAUUUCUGAACAUGUUUAUAUUGAGUUAGCAAGUUUUCUCCAUAUAAAGACAGGAUUUUUUAUUUGUAGAGGACAUUCUGUUGACUUAAUAACUGUAGCCUUGUAUUAUAUAAUUGUGCCAACACUAUAGCUGUUUUUUUUUAGUUAUGUUUAACCCUUAAUAUGUCGUUUUUCUGUCUUUGGAAAAUAUUUAUAAGAAUUUUACUUUCUAAAGCGAGAUUGGAUGGGCAUUGUUGACCUCCAUAAUCUGACACGAGGGUAUUGGGUUUAAAAAAAAAAAGAAAAGAAGAGAAAACAAAAGGAAACAAUAGAUGCACUGAAAAUUCUACUAGAAAGUGACCUGUACAAAUAAUACUGAUGAUGAUUGUAACAUGCCAUGCACUGCUACUAUAUACUCCUGAAUAUAUUUUUACAAAUUAUUUAUUAUUUAUUUACGCACGGAAAUCACACACUGGUAAUAUUAUAGUUAAGCUUUUUUGCUAUUUGUAAAUUUUUGGUAAUUUUUUAAACAAUACUUGUAAUAAUUUUGAGAAGUUAUUGUAAUAUAGCUUCUGCACUGAUAAGCUAGUGUCAUAUUGCCGUUUGUAAAGAACAAAUUGAGCAGUGUUUUGCUAUUGCGUGGGUUUAAACUCAUGGACUUUCUUGCUGUGUAAAUAAUAAUUUGUGAAGCAGUUUUUUAAUCUUACUUAAAGGUGCACUAUGUAACGUUCCACCACCUGUUUCCAUGGAGACGCUAUUGCUUUGCCUGGAAUGUUCCUCAGUAUGGCAUUGAACUCCUCUAUUUUGCAUUCAUUCACUUACAGAUGUUUUUAUUGUUCAAAAAAUAUAAUGGAAAACAUUCUUACUGUAAGUGGGCUUGCCUCUCCACAGACCUAUCUGUAACUUCGCCUGGUGCUGUUACUUGUUUGUCUACAGGGGGAUUGAUAGAUGAAAUGCCACGUAAUGGAACAUUCCAGUCAGAGCAAUAACAUCUCCAUGGAAACAAGCAGGCGAUGGACACUUGCCUGUUUCUGUUCUGUUGCACGAAGAACAGGCGCAGAGGCACGGGAUUUGUUCUGGAGAUCUUUAUUGUCACUUACAGCAAUACAGCGUUAAAGGCAGCGUCCAGCAAAAUUGAAAAGAGAGUCUAAAGCAGAGUCUAACAAGGUGAGGCCGCAUCAGUGUUUUAUAAUCCUCCCAGAGUGACUCCUGUAUGAAAGGAGGCUACUGAUAAAUGUGGCCUUCACCAAAAUGACCAGAACGUAGCUGCCAUCCUCACUUAGUGUGAUAUAUGGCCACUGCUGCAUGGAAAACAACAUUUUAUACCUUUGUACAAAAGUAAGCAAUGUAUUAUAUUUGUAUAUUGUCUACACACUCCACCGGAAAAGUUACAUAGUGCACCUUUUAACUAAUAAACAGAAUAGCACGAAGUGAACUGUUUAUACGUUUAAUAACAAUAACUGACUUUGUACAUUUUUACUGUAGUAGAAUGAAUGGGAAUGCAUUGUUUGUUGAUUUUUCAUGUAAAUUCUUUAUUUUUGCACUUGUGUUCAGGGCACUUAAAGCUUUCAGUAAAUGGUGCUUCAUUCAAAUCAAUUCUACUGAUGUUAGCCAAAUGUCUGUCUUUGUUCACUGUAAGGGUGCAGUUACUCAAAUUUUAAUCAUGAUUACAAAUAUUUAUCCAACCAAGUUAAUCUUUUCUAAGCUACAGUGGCUUUAGUUAGAAAAAACCCCCAAAAAAAACCCAACAACUUUAUAAUUAAAUGAUAAUAUUAUUUCUCUACAGGCUCAAAUGAUAAAUGAUUGUUUCAAAUAAGUGUAAUUUCAAAUAUGAGCGAAAUAAUUGCGAUGGUACAUUUUUGAGCGGCCUUAAAACUGCCAGCUGUAACGCUGCAAAAUAAGAAUAAUUAAAAUCAUGCAAAAGUACUAUGGAUUAUUGAAAAAAAAAAAAAAAAACUACCAAAAAACAACACAUAAAUUUGCUAGACUAAUCAAAACAAAUUAAAUAUAAGACCGAGCAUAUGUUAAUAAUUAUUUUAAAUAUUAAUUUUUGCAGGCAGUGUCCAUGCAGAAGAUUGAAAUUUGAGAGCUCUUGUGAUGUUGAAGUUGGACCAUUUUCAUUUCACUGUUUGUUUGUGAAACUAGAAA